GUAGUGCUUAUCGUCCUUAUUUAUAAAGGACUUAAGCGUCCUUCCACUCUCACCAAUAUCAACAAAAUCAUUUUUUGUAAUUUAAUUUCCAAUAGAGCUCUCUGAGCUCUCUCAAUUCACAUCCAUGGCGUCUCUUUCUUCAAUAAUGCUUUUCUUUGCUUUUUCUUCCCUUUUCUUUCAAGCUUUCGCCGGAAAACUCUCUCCGGACUCCCACUUCCUCACUGUCGAUCUCGCCGGCCUUUUCCCCUCCGCCUCCUGCACCCGCCGCUCCCCUCAAGUCCAUACAUCAAGUCUGGGAGAGCAGUCAUCGCUGGAGGUGAUUCACCGGCACGGCCCAUGCGGCGACGAAGUUUCAAACGCUCCGACGGCAGCCGAAAUGUUGGUGAAAGAUCAGAGUCGAGUGGAUUUCAUCCACUCCAAAAUCGCAGGGGAGCUGGAAUCCGUAGACCGUUUACGAGGGUCGAAGGCCACAAAAAUUCCGGCAAAGUCCGGGGCGACGAUCGGGUCGGGGAACUACAUAGUGAGUGUGGGUCUAGGAACGCCGAAGAAAUACUUGUCGCUUAUAUUUGACACCGGUAGCGAUUUGACGUGGACUCAAUGUCAGCCUUGUGCUAGAUAUUGCUACAACCAGAAAGACCCUGUUUUCGUCCCUUCUCAAUCCACUACUUAUUCCAAUAUCUCUUGUUCUUCGCCGGAUUGCUCUCAGCUUGAAUCAGGCACAGGAAACCAGCCUGGCUGCUCCGCCGCAAGAGCUUGCAUUUACGGAAUACAAUACGGCGAUCAAUCUUUCUCUGUUGGAUAUUUCGCCAAAGAAACCCUAACCUUAACCUCCACUGACGUUAUAGAAAAUUUCCUCUUCGGUUGCGGCCAAAACAACCGUGGACUCUUCGGGAGCGCUGCCGGUCUAAUUGGCCUUGGCCAGGACAAAAUCUCCAUCGUCAAACAAACCGCACAAAAGUACGGUCAGGUCUUCUCCUACUGCCUCCCUAAAACCUCCAGUUCCACCGGCUACUUAACCUUUGGCGGCGGCGGUGGCGGUGGCGCUCUUAAAUACACGCCGAUCACAAAAGCACACGGCGUCGCAAAUUUCUACGGCGUCGACAUCGUAGGCAUGAAGGUUGGCGGAACUCAAAUUCCGAUUUCUUCGUCGGUUUUCUCGACCUCCGGGGCGAUAAUCGAUUCCGGAACAGUUAUCACACGGCUGCCACCGGAUGCGUACAGCGCGUUGAAAUCAGCGUUUGAGAAAGGAAUGGCGAAGUAUCCGAAGGCGCCGGAGCUUUCGAUUUUGGACACGUGUUACGAUUUGAGCAAAUACUCCACCAUACAGAUCCCGAAAGUGGGGUUUGUGUUUAAAGGAGGAGAAGAACUCGAUUUGGACGGCAUCGGAAUCAUGUAUGGAGCAUCAACGUCGCAGGUGUGUUUGGCGUUCGCCGGAAAUCAAGAUCCGAGCACCGUGGCCAUUAUCGGAAAUGUGCAACAGAAGACUUUGCAAGUGGUUUACGACGUCGGUGGAGGAAAAAUUGGGUUUGGUUAUAAUGGUUGUUAGAGGUCUUUUAUAAGAAUAGGUGUGUGGUGGGGCUAAUAAUGAAAUGGGAAAAAGAAAAAAAAGAAAAUGAUAUUUUCAAAAAAGAAAAGAAAAUAAUGGGAAAAAAAGAAAAAUUUUAUUUAUAAAAAGGGUUCAAGAAAUUGGAUUAGUGAAGAAUUGGUGUGAGAAGAAAAAAAGGUUGAAAGAAGUUUGCAAAUGUAUAGGAUUAAAAGCCUUUUGUUUGUUGCUUCAUAUAUUUGUUAAUUGUAGUGCUUGUAAUUGGAACCUUGCAAGUUGUAAUGUUUCCUCUUUGUAUGAUAUGACAAAAAAAAAAAAAAAUUGAAGUUUCAAUUGAUUAGCACGUACUUUUCUAUGGAAAGAUUAGAAGUUCAAAUA